CCCGUGACAGACCUCACGUGAGGCGCGGUAGGAACUGUACAUUCACUCUAAUUUUCUGAUAUUUUAUCACACGCUUUUUCAGCAUGCACCAAACGCAUGAGCUAGAGCUUUUCCCCGACCACAGCGUGACUCAAAUGCUUUUCAAAGAGGUCAAAAAUGCUGCAGAGUUGAGACAAAGUGCCGUGGAGGGUAAAAUAAAUGGGGCUUUGAUCAACCCUACAAUGCUGGUGAGUCCUUUCCAAGUGCUGGUAGCUGCCAAUAAAGCUGUUCACUUACAGAAAAUUGGAAAGAUGAAGACUAGAAGUUUAUACUCAGAGAUUAUCUUCAACCUGUCACCUACUAAUAAUAUCUCAGAGGCCUUCAAAAGGUUUGGGAUCUCAGAUGGUGAUGAUUCUGUAAUGGUGGUCUUGGUCCACAACAAAGACGAGUCGCAGCAUCUGGCAGACAUCACAGCAAAGGUGGAUGGACGGCAGGUUCCUGUGGAAGAUCUUUCCUCGCUGUCAGACUCUGCGAAGAUCAAAAAGCUGUAUAAAGUCACUCCAGAGGAGGAGAAGUGUGGAACUCUACUGGAUGCAACUGUAUGCAGAAUGGCCACCAAGGAUGUCAUGUAGCAACAAGAAAUAAAACCAGAACUUUUCUUAUA